AUGGAAUCAGCUUUUGCUCAAUUCUCGGCUUCAUUGAAUGCUGUUGUGAGGUUCAAUGGCCUCAAUUAUCAAGACUGGUCUGAACAAGUCCAAUUCUACUUGGGCUUAACUAGACUAGACCUUUCCUUAAACACAAAGGAACCUGCAGCCCUCACAGACAAAAGCUCGCAAGAAGAGAAGGAAUAUCAUGAAGAAUGGAUGAGGUCCAAUAAAAUGUGUUUAAACCUCAUGAAGAUUACCAUGGCAGAAAAUAUGAAGCCGAUGAUGCCAAAAGUGGACAUUGCAUCUGAAUUUCUAGAAAUAGUGAAAGAGCUAUCUAUGUCUGAAAUUGCAGAUAAGUCAAUUCUAGGGAACCUGAUGACGGAAUUGACUUCUAAGAAGUUUGAUUGGUCUAUGCCAAUCCAUGAUCACUGCGAUCAAAUGGCCAAUAUUGCAGCAAAAUUAAAGGGGAUGGGGAUGGGGUUGUCUGAAUCAUGGCUAGUUCAUCUAGUCAUUAACUCACUUCCACCAGCAGAGUUUGGACAAUUCCAUGUGAACUACAAUACUCUUAAAGAAAAAUGGAUUUUUAAAGAAACCAAACAUUUGCUGGCUCAAGAGGAAACGAGAUUAAAGAAGUUAAGAGAUCACUCCAUCCACUUCACAUCUCAAGGAAAUUCAAGCACCAAUAAAAGAAAACCAGGAAAAAAGGGCAAGACCCAACAUAACACUCAGUCGGGUCAAGCCUAG